GUGAGUACUACUGUUUUUCGUAUUUGAGAAAGAUGCAAAGAGAGGAAAUCACUUACAUGGAGCAAAGAAUCAGCAAUAACGGUUUCAAUCAGAGAAGUGAACUGCUGGAGCAUGUUCAACCUCACAAAGAGAUGAAGUUCAGCGGUAAAGAUGAAUCCGGUAGUUCGAGUCAUGACCCUCCGGAGAGAGAAAUGAAUCCAAUUAAUGAGGAGAUUAAGGAUCAUGUUCGGUACUGGAAAUUAUACAAGGCUUUACAAGAAAAUGACUGGAAAAGUGUAGAUGAUUUCAUAAGGCUAAAUUCUGAUGCCUUGACAGCCAAUAUUAGAGUACAUUGGCAGGAGACCAUUUUUCACAUAAUUACUCGGAAGUUAGGCACACCCUUUUGGCUUAUCAACAAGCUUGUUUCAGAGGUCCCUGCAAAGCAACUAGAACAGUUGACAGAUCGGUAUGGCGGAACGGCUUUGUUCUGCGCUGCUUCGUUCGGAAAUAAAAAGGCUGCAGAAGCUUUUGUGGAUAGGAACAAGGAUUUGCCUAAUUUUCCGAACAUCUAUGGUUUACUUCCGAUUCACCGAGCUGCGGCAUGUGGCCACAGGGAGAUGAUUCAAUACCUACUGAAAGUGACAACUGCUCCUUUGAAUGAUGACAAAGGCGUUACACUGCUAAAAAGUUUGAUUAGUUCUGGUCUCUAUGGUUCAGCUUUUGAUUUAUUGAAGAAAUAUCCGGACUUAAUAUCUAAGACUGAGGACAGAGGAAGUAUAUUAGAAGCGCUGGCUAAUAAGCCUCUUGCAUUUGAAAGUGGGAGUGGGUUUGGCUUUUGGCGACGCUUAAUCUAUCAUUGGAUUCCUUUACAGGAAGAACAUAUUCAUUACCCUGAAAAUGUGCAUGGAGAUGAAGAGAAUCAAAUUGAGAGUUCAAAGAAGUAAAACAAUUCACUUUUUUUGGAUCUAUCGUUCGACAAAUCUUCACUAGAUUUGGUGCUUUGGGCCAAAGAUUACACAUUAUGCUCUGGAAUGCCCUCACACAUUCAG